AUGGCUAUCAAAGUUGCAAUUAUUAUUUACACAUUAUAUCACCACAUCGCUACAUUGGCUGAAGAAGAAAAAAAAGGUGUUGAAGCAGCUGGAGGUGAAGCUGUUAUCUAUCAAGUUCCAGAAACCUUAAGUGAUGAUGUUUUAACUAAAUUACAUGCUCCUCCAAAACCAAAUUAUCCAAUUGCUACUCCAGAAACUUUAAAAGAAUAUGAUGCCUUCCUUUUUGGAAUUCCUACAAGAUUUGGUAACUUCCCAGCUCAAUUUAAAGCUUUCUGGGAUCAAACUGGGUCAUUAUGGGCUCAAGGUCUGCUUUACGGUAAGAUUGCUGGUGUUUUCGUUUCCACAGGUACAUUAGGUGGUGGUCAAGAAACCACAGUUGUCAAUUCAUUGUCAGUUUUAAUUCAUCAUGGUAUUAUUUUUGUUCCUUUAGGUUAUGCUAAAGCAUUUGCUUUGCAAUCAAAUGUAAGUGAAGUUCAUGGUGGAUCUCCUUACGGUGCAGGUACAUUAGCUGGUGGAGAUGGUUCUCGUACACCAAGUAAACUUGAAAGAGAAGUUGCUGAAAUUCAAGGUAAAGUUUUUUAUGAAACUGCUGCUAAAUACUUAUCAUAA